AUGACUACCACUAUAACAGAUUUCAUCUUUCCUAAGAUUCAUACUUUCCCACCCUUAUACACCAAACAACCGAAUUCAACCAUCUUAUCUAAUCAACUUGACUCAUGGUGUCAAAUAAUCUUAUCAUAUUGUGAAUAUUAUCGAAUAACAUCAUUAACGAUAAAUGGUAUACCUAAAUAUACUCAAUUAGAAACUAUCGAUCUUGAGAAGAUUCCUCCUAUAUUUGAGAAUAAAACAAUUAAUCGAACUACUAAUGACGAUUUCAAAUCUCUGAUUAUUCAUCAUUUGAUUUAUAAAUUGAAUAAAGCUGAAUAUAUCAAUCCUAAGAAACCAGAAUUGGGGAUUUAUAUAUAUUGGCGAUCAUUAGUAGAAUGGGGACAAUUGCUUUAUGAUUAUGUGGAUAAUUCAGGUCAAUUAGGUACAGUGUUGACGAUUUAUGAAUUAACUAAGUCGGAUGAAAAUGGAUUACCUGAUAGUUUAAAGAAUUUAGAUGAGACUUUAUUGAUUAAGAUCGUGAAGGAUUUCUUGAUUAAACAAGGUAAGGCUCAAAUCUUGAUGACUGAAGAUAAUGAAAUUGGUGGUGUUAAGAUUGUAUAA